AUGAAGCACAUUGUACCAGAUUACCUAAAAUUGAGCAAUGUUAGAAAUGAAUUUCCGGGGGUGCCUAUCAUUGCUUUGACCGCCACUGCUCCAGAAGAGGUUAAAGAAGAUAUUAUAGAUGUGCUUUAAAUUAAAGGAUGCUUAUAUUUAUAAUCUUCCUUCAAUAGACCAAAUCUUAUCUAUGAAGUCAAAUUAAGAGAAGAAUUUAAGAGGACUGUUUAAGAAAUUAAAGAAUUUAUCAACUUAACCUAUCCAAAGCAAUCUGGUAUCAUUUAUUGCCUCACUUAAUCUGAAUGUUAAACCUUAUCAUAAAGCCUGAUACAACAUGGAAUAGGAUCAGAUUUCUAUCAUGCUGGCCUUACUGAAAAUGAAAGACAUAGGAUUCAUAAGAAUUGGCUGAUGAAUGAAGUACAAGUAAUAGUUGCAACAGUAGCAUUUGGCAUGGGAAUUGAUAAAAAGGAUUGUAGAUUCGUCAUUCACUUUCAAAUGCCAAAAUCCAUUGAGAAUUAUUAUUAGGAGAGUGGGAGAGCAGGAAGAGAUGGAAAACAAGCACAUUGCCUUUUAUUUUAUAAUAAUAGUGACUAUAAAACUAAUUUAUGUCUAAUGGAUUUAAACACAGAAAUGACUACUCCAAUGAAAAAGUACAAUGUUAAAAAGUUAGAUUAAAUGCAAUAAUUCUGUUAUGAUAGAGUUUAGUGCAGAAGAGUUUUACAACUAUCUUAUUUAGGUGAAAAUUUUGAUAAAACAUUAUGUAACAAAAAAUGUGAUAAUUGUCUAAGAGAUGAUGAGAUGACAGAGAAAAUUGAUUUAACUAAAGAAGCUCUUAAAAUUCUUGAUUGUUUGGAUAAAUUACAAUUGACAGAAAAUCAAUUAAUUUAAUGUUUAAAAGGUGGACAAGACAAAAAGAAAUCCCAUAAUUCAUUGAAGAGUUUUGAAUAGAUCUUUGGACUAUUUAAAAAUAAUCCUCGCUACAUCAAUCCUUUAUUAGAUUAGUUAAGAGCAUAAAAUGCCUUAAGCUAAAAAGUAUAAUAAUACAAUCUAAAAGGUAAUUUCAAAACUAAAGUUGUCUAUUUAAUACCUAAUUAUGAAGCAUCAAUAAAUAGUGUAAUAAUAUCCCUUCCCAAAGAAAAAGACAAAAAACUAUCUCUUUUGGAUUGCAAAUCUAACGAUCUUUUUAAAAAGUAUUUAUCGAAAGAUUAUAAAAAUUAAAAUAACAGUGGAUCUAAUUUGAAUGUUUUAAAAAAAGAUUUUACUUGGUAGAAUGAAAACAAAAUUGAAACUGAAAAGAAAAAAUUAUAAUAUGAUAAAUAAUAUGGUUAUUGUUUAGAAAACUAAUUUAAUGAUUUACGUGAAAGAUUAAUGUUAGUUCGUAAGAAUAUAUAUAAAGAAAUGACCAAUAAUGCAUCGAAUUAAAUCAUUAAUAUUGAUUUGGUUUUAUCUACUGAUGAUAUUGAAGAAUUAUGCAAGAAACUUCCGAUCUCUAUGAGUGAAUUAAAUGACCCAUUUAUUUGUAUAGCCUAAGAAAUUAAAAAAUUGUAAUAUAUGAAGCAUUUUAUUGAAGAAGUUGCUCAUUUUGUUGAUAUUGAAGAUAUUAAUAAGUUAUUAUUUGAAAAGCCUUAAUAGGUUGAAACAUAAAUUGAUUAAGUAUUUGAGUUUUAAAAGCAUAUUAAGCAAGAUGAUGAUGUGAUUGAUAUUACAAAUUAAGAACUUAUUGCUAAAUAAAAAGAGAUAGAAGAAUUAUUGUUAAAUGGUUAAGAGAAUGAUGAAUACUUAGAUGAACUAUUAAAUCUUUUUGAAGAAGAAGAUAUAAAUAAAUCUCCUCAAGUCGUUAUCCAUGAUUAAGAAAAUGGUUAAAAUCAAAAAUCACAUCUAUAGAAGGUGUAAACUUUUGAGCCUGUAGAAUAAUAAUAGCCAUAUUAAUAAGAUCUAAAACAAACUUGUAAAAUUGAAAGUAGUUAGUAACCCAAAAAGCUCAAAUUAAAUCUCAAAAGAUCAUUUUUGUGA